AACGCAGAAUUCCAAGGUUUGUUUGAGGAUAUUGAAUGUCUGGCCUUGAUGGUUGCCUGUUUAUCGCACGAUUUGGACCAUCGGGGUACGGAUAAUCAGUUUCAAGUGAAAACAAUGUCCCCUUUGGCCGAACUCUAUUCGACUUCCGUGCUAGAGCAUCAUCACUUCAACCAGUGUAUGAUGCUACUUUCCAAACGGGGCAAUAACUUCAUGUCCAAUCUUUCCGUCCCUGAUCAUCGACGCGUGGUGCGUCUCAUAGAGGAAUACAUCCUGGCCACGGAUCUGUCACGUUAUUUCGCCCGGAUUCCGAUGUUCAAACGCACAUUAGAAGCACGCCAAACUCGAUCAGAUCCUACCUCCAUGGAACCCUGGUCUAACAAUCCGGCUGAGCGUACACUACUCGGUUGCAUGCUGAUGACUACCUGUGAUAUUUCGGCCAUCACCAAACCGUGGCCCGUUCAAAAGCUGGCACUAAUGGACCGCACUCACAUUAAUGAACUGCCACAAUUGCAAGUAAACUUUAUCGACGCGGUUUGCUUGCCAAUCUACACUUCCAUUGUUCAGGUUCAUCCCGCACUGCAACCGUUACUAGACGGAUGCACACGGAAUCGGAAAUGUUGGUCUCUGUUGGGCGAGGGCUGCGAAGUGCCUGAGAGCCUGUUCGGUCUGGACGAGAUGGAAUCCGACACUCCUGCAUCCCCGGGUCUGUCUCCAAACAGUUCACCCACGGCUUUGCGAAUGGGGUCAAUCCACGCAACCACAGUUCGUCGGAUUGUCAAUGCCAAACCGUUUGAAUCCGCCCCUGCUCGACGCACGUCCACAAGCACAUCGACAACAGUCGGGGGUUUCAAGACCGAUAUUCGAUAG